ACGUGCAUCCGACUGUGCGGAAAAGGAGCGGUGUGUUUCCCUGGUUAAAAUUUGUGCUACAUCAACAAUCUACAGAAGUACUAACGACAUUCAAGUUUCCUCUACACGUCUGCACACACUAGAGCUUGAUAAUACCCUCAGCAUGGCUCGAGACUGGAAACCCGGUGAUCUGAUUUUCGCCAAGAUGAAGGGCUAUCCUCACUGGCCCGCACGAAUCGAUGAAGUCCCAGACGGUGCUGUGAAGCCAUCCAACAUCAAGUUUCCCAUCUUCUUCUUUGGCACCCAUGAAACAGCAUUUCUUGGCCCAAAAGAUAUCUUUCCAUACCUGCCGAACAAAGACAAGUACGCCAAGCCCAACAAGAGGAAAGGCUUCAAUGAGGGAUUGUGGGAGAUUGAGAACAACCCAAAAGUUGAGCUCACCGCACCCAAGCCGGUUCCUCCAGAAUCUUUCACUGAAAAGGAUUCAGACAGCGGUCCAGAAGGAGAGGAGGAUGCAGACGACAAGGGGAUAAAAUCCAAAGUUCCAGGAGUUGAGGCUGAGCAGGAGAAUGAGAAUGAGGAGAAGGAGGAGGAGGAUGAGGAGGAGGAGGAGGAGGAGGAGGAGGAGGAGGAGGAAGGGUCUCUGAUCUCUGAGCAGGGUCCUCAGGACCAGGAUGGCGCCGCUCAGAAAGAAUCCACGGAUGUUCUUAAACCCAAGAGAGGAAGAAAGAAAAAGAGUGAAACUGACCAGGAGACUGAAAAAGACGAUGCUCCUGCAAGUCCUGUUAGUCCUUCAGGUGGGGAGGGCCCCAAGCGAAGAGGCAGGAAGCCCAAAAGUGAGAAGUUGCUUCUGCUCCAGCAGCAGGAUCAACAAGGCUCAGGCAGUGAAAUGGACACUGCUGAAUCAGACAGAAAGAGAAAGAGGGCACUAGAGGACAAAUCCAAGAGUGGAGAGGAGGAGAAGAGAAAGAAGAGGGAGGACAGCAAAGGAAAGGAUGCAGAUGUGAAGGAGCCUGAAGCCAAGAAGAAGAAGCAGUCCAAGGAUGACAGCUCCUCUGGCUCUGACGAUGAAGAGAAAAAUAAAGGCAGAAAGAAACAGCAAAGCUCAGAAAUCGACAAAGAUGUGCGGCGACGGAAAGCAGAUGAAUUAAGAGAGCCGAACAAAGAUGAUGGGAAGAAAAAUGAAGAGAGGACAGGAGUUAAGAAGAAAGAAAUGUCAACUGACUUGAAACUCCACAGACUGCACAGUGAAAUCAAGAUUUCACUGAAGAUUGACAACCCUGAUGUGAAGAAGUGCUUGGAGGCUUUAGAUGAGAUCGGAUCCCUCCAGGUCACAACCCAGCACCUGCAGAAACACAGUGAACUCAUUGCCACACUCAAAAAGAUUCGCAGAUUCAAGGCCAGUCAGGACAUCAUGGAUAAGGCCACCAUGCUGUAUAACAAGUUUAAGAGCAUGUUUCUGGUCGGAGAAGGCGACAGCGUGCUCAGCCAGGUGCUCAACAAGUCUUUAGUCGAACAACGGCAGCAUGAAGAGGCCAAGAAAGGAGCGCUGAAGAGAGUCGAACAAGCCAAGGAAAACAACUCAGACAAGCUGACGAAUGGCGAUAUCAGCCCUGAGGAGAAGAAGCAGGAGACGGAGCGGGAGAAGCUGCUAGAAGACGCCCCCGCAGGAGAGAAUCACAGUGCCCCAAAAGCUCAGGAAGAGUCCACUUGAGUGUCCUACCUGCCUGAAGGAAAGAGAGGACAUGUGCUGCUGUACUCCUUUGUUCAAACUGGGCUCACCAACUGGGAUCUCCGGUCCAGUUCCUUUUGAUGACUGAUCACUGUCACUGGUUUCCAGUUCACUGACUGUUUUCGUCAGUUUUGCUGCUCAAAGGCUUCAGUACAUCAAACCCCUCCAACUCCAAGAUACUGACUGACUGACUGCAUAGUUUAUUUUUGUACUUUGUGUAAUCUUUACCUUUCAGACAACUCUUCUCACAUACAUUGUCACAUCUGUUGAAUUUCAUGAACAGCGUAAAGAGUAAGAACUUGUAGAUCUGCAACACUGUGAACUUAGAUCUUAAUGAGCAUGCUAACAGAGAGCAGGUUAGUACCAUUUGGUCCUAUUU